UGUUACUGUAAUCGCUACCCAAAUAUAAUCACACGCUUUGAGAGUCGGGCUUCCCGCGUCCACUUGGCCAGUCAUGGCGUCGCUCUUUAGGCGUGCGGGCUCCGCUUCGGAUGAUGAGGGCCCACGUCAGAGGAAAUCGCUCGCUUCCUCGAAGGAAAUUGGUGACCGAUUAGCUCGUAUACUACGCUCGACACGUUCCCACUCGCAUCUCGAAUCCACUCCAGCGCUACCCCCUCUUGAGAUGCCUCCGGAUACUCUUGACCUUACUAGUGAUUGGUCACCCAGUAGAUCACCUCCUACAACCUCUCCUUUCAGUGCGUCCCCACGAUUUCAGGCAGUUGUUCCCACAAGUCCACUUGAGGAUUCUGCGCUUUCACACUCCCCUCCUUUUCAAUCCCCGUUAUCAACUAGUGUAGCAUCAGACAUGGAGUUAUCAAAACACGCCCCCUCUUCUGUUACGAAGUCUCUCCCCACCAUUUCCAUUGAAUCAACAUCGCACAAUGUCACUCGCAGGCAAUCCAAGAUUGGAUGGUCUACUUCAAUCGCUGAAAGGCUACGUUCCUUGCCCUCCAAACCUGUCCCCACUGGUUACAUGAGUACAACCGAUGGCAUGGAUACGGAGACGGAAUGGGAUGAUGCCGCGUUCUUUUCUAGUCACUCGCAGCCGCGUCUACUCGACAUAUCUUCUGAUCAUUUGUUUUCGUCCGAAGAUGACAGAGUACAACCUCGGACCUGGACUGCCGCUGAGAAGGGCAAAGGCCGUGCAGAACCCUUGGGGUUCCCAAGUACUCGUCCACACACCGCGUCCAAUGCCAGUUCUGCGUCUUCCGGGGCUCCACCCUCGAGCUUUCUUCCUGGGAGCACCACCCCACCACCGCCGGUCCCACCGCUUCCCCCACAAUUUCAGUCAAGUGCGGCAGUUAAAGACCAAACGAAGACCUUAUUCGUAGACACGAAGCGAACUUCACUUGAGGAAAUACCUCAAGGGGAGGAUUUUGUUAUCGCGAUUGUUGGCCCACCGAAGUGCGGGAAGAGUCAGUUCGUCUGGAAAGGGCUCAAAUGUUGGGGCUUGGAGUAUGAACCAGCAGCUACGCAGUUUGGAGCAACAACUACUCUUACUCGCAAAGCAUGGAUAGUGGCGAAGCGGCAAGAAUCCGAACUUCGGACUCGCUUCCGGGGAGUUUUCCUGGAGGUGGACUCCCAACAGCUUGUCAGGCCGGACACGCGGGAAGCGAUCGAACACGAUACCGGGCAGUGGGCUUGGCCCGAACCGCUUUCAAAGAUUGACGCGGUGGUGAUAUGCUACGAUGGUAGCGAUAUUGAUAGUUAUCGUGAGAUUGUCGAUCUCUGCGAAGCGUAUCAUCGCUUGCAAAUUCCGGCCGUGCAAGUUCAUCUCAAGUCGGAUUUGCCGUUCCAGGUGAACCCUUACCUAUCUCAUCGUUGUGCCAACCAUUAUUCCACGGGAUUAGCGAAGGUGUCAACAGAGACCGAAGAGGGUAAGCAACGAUGCCGUGACGUCUUUCAAUGGCUCUUCAAGUGCAUACUCAAACAAAGAGAAGGCCGAUUGCCGUAUGGAAACAGCGAGUAUUGGAGAAAUCCUGCAUCUCCUGAAAUGCUCUCUCCAAGAACGUGGGAGUUUGCCGAGCAUGAACCUCCCUCGCCUCCUGCCGCUCAUCUCCCUUCGCUUCCUCCCUCUCGUACUCACACGCCGACAAAUGACACCUUGAUCCAUUUAAGUGGCGAGAAGGAGAACACUCUCGAUGCAAUGCCCGCGGCACCUCCAAAUCAGUUUCCUGAGCUAGUUGGUCCUGAGCCGAAGAAAACUGUCCCUAGUCCUUACAUGGGUAGACGGCCAAGUGUGGUUCGAUUCACUGGUGUUGAUGAGGACGAUUUGGAGAGGCCUUUGACACCCCCCGAUUUUAACCGCGUUGCAACCCCCCCUGUGGUCACUUCUGGUACCGAUACCACUCCUAAGAUUACUGUGGUCGACGAGGCGCCCUCGGGCGAUGAAGUAAGUAAGCCACUGAAGCAGAAGCCACUGUUGCCGCCCCCACCAGAAUUGUCCCCUGUUGACAAGGCAAUCCGUGACGCUCAAUUGGCAAAGAAGCGAAAUAAUCCCCAGUUGUUUGGUACUUUUGAUACGAUUAUCAACAAGCUUAUUCAUGUUUGUGUGACCCUUGACAAUACUGAAUUUAUCAACACUUUCCUCAUCACUUAUCGACAAUUUGCUACGCCGCGUAAAGUUCUUGCGGCCCUUCGCAAGAGGUUGGCAGUCCUCGCCCUUGAACAAGUGGAAAUACCACUGGCACAUUUCACUGAGCUGAAAAUUGCGGGUUUCAUUGAACGAUGGCUCAACGAGCACCCAAACGACUUCUCCAGCAAACGCACAAAUCUUGAGCUCAUGACAAUCCUUCGAAUGAUGGUUAAGCGGACGCAUUUGUUACAUUAUGCAACCGAUUUGCUCCCCGUUGCGAAGCGUGUCGCAAGGAUAGAAGAUGACCCGGAUGCGGCGUGGACCAUUGCAGAAUCAGAGGAAGAAACUAUGACUGAGGCAGAGGGACCUCGCAAAGCUGGACGUCAUGUCAAGAAGAAGAGGUCGACAAGGCAGAAGGCCCAUGGUAUCCGAGUAGCCGUCUCUACUACUACGACAGUGAGGGAAGUUGACGAGUCGGGACCCGCUGAGACCACGGCACAGCGAGACGAUGGGUCAAAGGCACAGUUGCCUGUGCCGCCCACGUCUCCUACGGAAGACCGCAAAAUUGCGGUUACGAUCUUACCUUCGUCUCUGACGAAUCAGAAGGUACCGAAGCGCAGUCGAUCGACGCUAGCACUUUCGUACCUAGACUCUUUCCGGUCUCCAUCGAGGAAGACCAUCAACCCGCUGCCGUUGGAUGCUGACCCUAAGACUAUGCUCAGGGAAUUGAAUAAAGCUGUGGACAUUUUUCUGAAGAUGAGUUCUCCAGAGGUUGCGGAGCAGAUUACGAGGGACCUUCUACCGAUUUACCUUUCAGUUACCCCCCGGGACUGGUUGCGGCACGUUUACAGGUCACAACGAAAAGAAGAAGUUGUUCAACCCACUGUUCUCGAAAAAAUUGCGUCUGCCGUCGCUCACAGGUUCUACUAUUGGGUACUCUCGAUGAUCAUUGCCCCUGAUGGCUAUAACAAACGUGCCAAAGUGGCAGAACACUUCAUUCAUGUUGCCGACGCACUUCGCAAGCACAACAAUUACUUUUCUCUUCACUUUGUCAUCAAUGCAAUUCGACAGGCUGUCCCUGAUCAGGGAGUUUUGUACCAGAAGUUGGUGGACGUGGAGGAAUCGCCAUGGAAGCGCUUCCUUUCGAUGGAAGUACUUGUUUCAGCUUUUGGAGGGUCGAAAGCGUAUAAGCUUGCACUUCAAAAUUCGUCGGGCCCAGUUCUUGUGGACCUGUCAUCGCAUACCAAGUGGGCAGCUGGAGUUACUGAGAACAUGUCAGCGUACAAGCCUGACAACAAGGCUAAGAUAAACUGGUCCAAAUAUGAGUCUCAGGCCAAGAUUAUCCGAGCAGUCGUGGCGUACCAGAAACGCUUUGAUACUUGCGAUAGUCAUGCCUUCCCUGAACGGUCACUUAUCAGGCAUGUAUUGGAUGACACUCCAAUUUUGCCUCGUGAGGUCAUCAUGAGGCGGAUCCUACCAAAGACUCCAGAAGACGGCAGCGAGCAUCCAACGUCCCACAAGUUCAGGAAAUUCCUUGGCCUUCACGAACCCACUGACUCGCCUUCAGCUUAGCACACCGCUACCUGCGUGCACCCCACACUUUGUCUCUGCUUCACUCAUCCUCUCGUCGUCUUUCCAAAUUGAUUUGCGUUCCGCGCUACACACCCACUUGGCAACCCCCUACGUUCGCUUGAUUUAUGAUUCUAUUUUCGUAAACUCCAGUAUACCCAUUGUAGCUCCUCCCUCGUGUUUCCCCUGUGCAGUCCAACUUGUUUUCUCCCUUCGUGUCUCCGUACCAUUACAUUUGUGGCUGAUGAUGUCUCCUGUUUCAACAUGUAUCUAACCAUCUAAGGACAACAACUCGUGUACAGACCAUUUGUGAGUGGACUAAUACAUUCACUGGAAUGGUUGCUUUGCAACCAUGACCACCUUGGAUACCCA